UCAACUCCCGCCGAGUCGGGAAUUGGAGCAAUCGGCGAUGAACGGACAUAUCAACCAAUCGCGGAUCACGAUCAGCUGCAUGCACUACAUGCAGUACUAGUACUAGUAUACUGAUAACUGAGAUGUACAAGAGCUACAGACCCCCCUCGUUCGCUUGACAGUUCACACCGUCUUCAACCCUCAUCAGUAUGAACAUGAACAUCAUAGAAGAUUGGAUAUUCUAUAUCCAAAAUAACCCCAUUGUGGUAGUUUUUCUUGUCCUUGCACUGUGGUUAUUUGGACUGUGGAAUCGACGAUCACCCAAUACCAUCCCCAAAGAUGAAGUCUCAAAAGAAGAACAAGAUACCUACCCCCCAGUCACACCCCUCCCAUCCUUCAACUGGGAAACCACCGAACCAACCAAAUACCGACCUUUCAAGCCAAAGUACCACCUCAGCAUGGCCCUAACAACAACCGACAUCUCCCACCUCAUCCCCAUGGACAAAACCUACAAAGAGCGUCUCACUCUCCGCCAAUCCCUCCUCACCCAAUACCCCACCAUCGUAGUAGGCGUCACCCCAGCAGGCCAAAAGCCAGAAAGUCCCGUCCACGCCGCCAUCACCGAACUAUACGAGUUUAUAGUCGGCGUCUACCUUCCCACUCGCUACCCAAGCAUGUUCACACUUGAAACAACCACCCAUACCCGAUCUCAAGACAAUACCAACACCAAUAACAAAGAGUGUACUAAUAAAACUCUCCUUAACAAAAUAACCAACACCCGCAUUCCCCUCCCCCACCGCGGCUCCGGCCGAGACAUGCUCUCUACACUGGGUACAUUCGUCGACGAGGACUUUCUUGUCUUACUUCCUGAAUCAUCAUCAUCAUCAUCAUCCCUAUCUCCAACAGAAGAAAAAGAAAAAGAAGAACAAGAAGAGAAGAAAUAUACCCUAGAAGCAUACACGACCUUCUACCCCGCCGGCUUCGACACGCGCGAGAAGCUUGGAAAGCGGCUCUCGACGAUCCAUGACCCCGUGCCGCGGUAUAAAGAGCGGUUGGAGAAGAGUAUGGAUCGGUUCUUUGCCAGAUUGGAAGUGGGGAAGGUCGUGCAGCGCGUCAAUUGGAGUAUUAAUACCAAGGGCACGGGGCUGUUUGCUGCGUUUGGGGGAUUGCAUGGGCAUGAAGGGGAGAAAAGGGAGAGGGUGUUGGGGGUGGAGGAGGUUGAUGGGGAAGGGACUCUUUUUCGGUGUGAGCGUCAGACUCUACAUCGGUUACCGAAGACCAAGGCGCUGGUGUUCACGUUCCAUACGUAUACGUACCCUAUCCGGGAGAUCAAGGAAGAAGGACUGGGUGAGGAAUUGGCGAUGGCGAUUGAUGGGUUGAAGGAGGGGAAUGUGCCAGAGAUUCAUCGGUAUAAGAGGGGUCCUGUGUGGGGAGAGGCGGUUAAGGCGUAUUUGAGAGCAUAAAGUAGUAGUAUACAUUUGGUAUCAUGUCACGUUUUAUUUUGGGGGGAAAUAUAUCCUAAUGUAUCCUUCUAG